AGUUGACUUUCCGGUCAUCAAACAACGUCCAGUGCUGCUACUGCAAAAACACGGUUAGAAACGAGAGAGUACCGUCAACAAUGCCUACUCUCCAGGAACUCCCAGUCGAGCUCCUGCUCGUGAUCAUCGCUUAUCUUCCCCUCCAGUCUCUUCAUCGCUUCCGCAGGGUCUCCAAGUUUGUCGAUAAUGUCAUUCACGGAAAUGAGGAGCUCGUCUAUCGCCAGGCUGCUUCGCUACACGCGUAUGUAGACGGUCUCGACAGCGUCGAUCCCCCGCGCGCUGAACGGAGAAGCCCCACUUACCCAUUCACUGAUGCAACAUCAUGGAAGCAAUACUGCCAACUAUGCCUUGACUUGAACCGCAAUUGGGUCGGCCAGGGAUCAGCCACUCCCAGGACCUACUGCGUACAGAAUGCAGAUGUACAUCGCAUCAAGGUGGACGAAGAACGCGGGCUGUUAUUUACCUCUCACGAGACUGGUGGCAUCAUCGUUACUGACCUGAUAUCCGGCGAAAUCUUGUGGACAUUACCUGAGAACUACGUGCGGACGCAUGCACACCUCGAAUAUGAGAACGGCUACCUCAUAUUUGACCGCUUCGAUAGCGAUAAAGAAGUCUGGCGUCUCGCCGCCGACUUCCAUCCUUCGCAAACUCCUCCGAACGCGAGCCCCGACAGCCCUCAACGCGUCGCCUCACUCUUCGCCGAAGCACGCUACAGUAACACCUCUCACGGACACCUCAAGCCCUGGGCGCUUCUGACAACCACCCAGCCGACAUUUGCAUACCGAUUCUCAUACCCUACAUUGAUUGUCAUGUCCAUGGACACCGCCUACUUAUGGGACAUCCCCUCCGCGACACUCACACAGACGAUCCGCGAUGCGGAGGAGCCGUUCACGCACAACGAUGGCGACGGCGAUGAACGCAGUACAAUUUCGUACGUCGACGUAAGCGCACAUCACCUCUUCAUCUGCGGCUGGCACGAGCUCCGCAUCAUCAAUCGCUCGAACGGCACCCUCGCGAUGCGCAUCCCCUCGCAGCCGAUUUUUGCCAUCACCCGCAUUUUGCUGUCCCAUGAACGACGGGACGCGCCCAUGGUCAUCGUCCCUCUUAAAGCGCAAGCUCUCCCGCCGCCACAGCCGAGCGCACUUCCCUUCCCGUCCUUUGUCGCUGCUCACGUCUCGCGGUGCGGCCGCCACCUCGUGGCCAUGCUCGCCGACAAUCGGCUACUCCUCGUCGAGAAUUUCGAGCGCGUCAUACGCGGGGAACUCCGCAUCGCGGAGGCUGCGCUCGAGGUCAACAUCGCGCUCCCAGUGAAUGCGAUCUUCAUCAGCGUCUACCUCGCCUACGAGUUCGGACGCGUCGGCGUCGUCACGACAUCCGGCGUAUACAUCUUUACGCUCGACGCCACCGAGCAUCUCCUCAUAGACCCAGCCAUCCCUCCCUCGCGGAAUAGCCUCUCCCUCGGGCUCAUCCGCCCCUCGCCUGCUGCGGAGUCCAUCCCGCCUCAGACCUCCUUCCGCAACCUCGCCGCGGCCUACCUCCCGCGCCUCCGCAACAAGCACGUCCUCGUCAACCUCAGCUGCCUCCAGAUGACCGCGACGCGGCUGUACCUCACUUGGGACCGCCGGCGCGCGGACAUCCUCGAGCAGGCGUAAAGGUCAUAUUGAUACAUCACAGGACUGUAAUUACAGUACGGUCGUGAUACAUGCACGCCUGUAGCACAGAGGAGGCUUGUGAAUGUAUCACAUAAUAUAUUACAGACCCUACUGUAAUGUAUCGAAGCC